AAGCGGGCAUAAGGAGAAGUGACGUAACUUCCGAGACGUUCCCAGGUUUUGAGGAAAUGUCGUGGUAAACACAGUCUGUUAUGCUAUAGUUAUACAGAUGUUACAGACAGUUUUUUUUUUUACAGUACAGCAGACACGUCGUUUUUCAGUGGAGACAACUUUGUUCGGGGACUCGUCGCACUCAGUGAAAUGACGCUGUCACGAUGCUCUUCAUUUUGCUGUGCAUUCAAGUCGUCGUCCAAGUUCCAGUAGUGUCUGAAGAGACACUGGCACCACCGCAAAACAUUCAUGUUGAUAAGUGGUUGCUUACAUGGACUCCUGCCACAGAAGAGAGAGAUGUCACCUACACUGUUCAGUAUAGUAGCUUUGACAACCGUGUGUGGAAAGAUGUGCCAGCCUGCGUCCAGACAUCUUUCAAUUCCUGUAAUGUUGCUUUCACCAAAACUGAGAGCGAGUAUGGCUGUGUUAUGCUGCGUGUGCAGGCGGAAAGACGUGGGCUUACCUCAAGACCAGUCAAAGCCUGUAGCAGAUAUGGUGACUCCUGUACCCCUGAAGUCAGACUGACUGCACGGCCUGGCUCCCUCACUGUAUAUCUGAGCGAGAACCACAGCAUGUUUGUUGAACAUGGAGACAACGCUCAACACAGGGUUUACUAUGGCAAGGAAGGAGAGUCACUGCAGCAGAUGUAUGAAGAUGGCACUUCUUCAGUGACCAUCCACAAGCUGGAGGAGGGAAAACAUUACUGUACGAAAGUGCAGUAUAUUAUCUUCAAUCAACCCUAUGGACUGGAAAGUUGUACCCAAUGUGAGGUCAUCCCAGAGUCAAGACAUGCGCCAAAACAAACAGAGGUAAUAGUAGCUGUGGUGGGUGUCGUUGUCAUCCUGGCCUUUCUUAUAUCUGCGAUAGCGUACAUCCUCAUCUUCCAUCACCGGAGAAUCAAACUGUGGCUACAACCUCCAUGCCAGAUUCCAGACCACUUUCUGUUCGAGCCAUUUCCUGAGCAUCACAUUCGCAGCUCCCCCAGCAGCUCCAGUGAUGGGCACUGGGAUAUCAUUUCCUCCAUUGAAUGAAAGCAGCUGGCCUACUGCACUGUUACCAACUCAAUGUGCCCUGCUUAUUUUGCUGUCAUGGGGAUCAGACCUGAGGUUUGACCUGUUUGAAAUGCACUCUGCAACCUGCUGACUCCCGCACACUUAUUUUGCCUGCUUCUCCCAGAGACCAGACUUACUGCUGAGAUUGAUUUAGACUUAGGAUAAAUGAACUGCAGUAAAUAACUUUUAAAAUGUAUUCUAAUCAUGACAAUCAUUUUAUGCAAAAUUCUAGAAAAGUACCAUUGGAGAUAAUAUAAAUACAGAGAUCCAAAGUUUUGAGGUUUUCUGCAAGGAUUUGUUUGGGCCAAAUUGAGCAAAAUGAGGACCAUGUUUGGCACCAUAUUUAUUGUGUAGUUAUUGAUUAUGCCACUAAAAUGACAAAAAAAGUGCAGUAUUCCUGUCUAUUUAGCCACGAUAAAGGAGCUGCUGAGAAACAGGUAAAGCAAAAUGCACACAUCAGUCACACAGGAUGUUUUGGACUCACCAUGUUUAUUGACACUAGUUUAAUGGACGAUCACCACAGGUUUCAGAUCACCACUCCCUUUGAGCCAACAUUACUAAUGUGAUAAAACAACAUUUUUUAAAUAUCUUUAAAUGGUCCAUUUGUUUAUUAUAAAUCAUAUAAUUUCUGUUUCCAACCAGUAAUUUGGUUGCUGCUGUCUGUCUGUAUUGUUGGCCACCACCAUGAUUUCUCUCUACCUAUCUGCUAGAUGCUCUGCAGAUUAAUGAAAUUUCUUUUGUCAGUUAGUUGUAUGUUGCAGGCUUUUGUCCAGUUCCUGCAGUUAGCUUUGGAUUUUUUAAUGUCUUACACUGAUGGCCUUUAAAUGACUAAUAAAAACACCAAACACACAA